AUGCGAUCUAACGAAAGGGCUUUACGUCAAACAAAUAGAAAAAUCGCAGGUGAUUGCAGGUCACUAGAAAGGAAGGAGAAAGAGUUGGAACUGGAAAUCAAAAAACUCGCAAAGCAGGGUCACAAGGAAACCUGCAAUAUUCUUGUUAAAGAAUUGUUGCAGUUACGAAAACAGAAAGCCAAAAACUUGAAUAUGAGUGCACAUAUGAAUGCAGUCAGCGCGAAGACUAGAGAAAUGUACAGCAUAGGACAAAUGGCUAAUGCGGUGGGAAAAACAGCUAAUGUAAUGAAAAAAAUAAAUAAACAGCUACCGGCAGAAAAGUUUGCUAAAAAUUUUUAUGAAUUCAUUGAAACCCAAGAACGAUUUGUGACUGAUGACAUGGUUUCGAAUGCAUUUGAUGCGAUGCUAGAAGAAUCGGAUGAUGAUGAAGAACAAGCCGCAAUUAUUAGACAAGUUUUGAAUGAAAUUGAUAUAGAUUUGAAUGCAAAGUUGUCAAAAGCACCGCAAAUUUGUUCUUCUAUUGCUCCCGCCAAUGAACCGUCGAAUAAAUUGGGCGAUGCAGAUCUCGAUAAGUUAUUAAGUGAAUUAAAAUCUUGA